CUGGUUUCCUUGGCAGCGGGAGGGGGAGGAGCUUCGGGCUGACUCGCUCUGCCACAUAGUCACACAACACAUAGCCAUCUGAGCUAACGGCCAUAACGGCUUUAACAGGCCUUGUGGCCAUGGCUAAAGACCCAUUAGCCGAGGCAGGCUUUUAUUUUGAUGAACUCAACAAACUCCGGGUACUGGAGCCUGAUGUCAGCCAGAAGACCUCAGAGCUAAAGGAAGAAUGUAAAGAAUUUGUGGACAAAAUCAGCCAGUUUCAGAAGAUAGUGGGAGGUCUAAUCGAGCUGGUGGAUGAAUUGGCAAAAGAAGCAGAGACGGAAAAGAUGAAGGCAAUAGGAGCCAGAAACCUGCUGAAGUCAGUGGCAAAACAAAGAGAGGCUCAACAGCAGCAGCUUCAGGCUCUCAUAGCUGAAAAGAAGAUGCAACUUGAGAGAUAUCGUAUUGAGUACGAAGCCUUGUCCAAAGUGGAGUCAGAGCAGAACGAGUUUAUCGACCAGUUCAUUCUGCAGAAGUGAGGAUGUGACUGAGACAGCAGACAAAUGUACGACUUCUGCACAGCUGUGUUUCCAGAGUGCCUGUCCAGCCUUCUCUGGGCAAUGCCCACCUCAGAGAAUUACUCUGCUGCAACUGUUUUUCUGAAGCAAUCCCAAAGCUCCAACUUCAUCAUCCUCAAACAUCUCCACCUCCUUUGACCACCUCAUUUCUGACAUGCUUGUGUGUGUGAAAUAACAGCCAGCUGCCAACUGUAUGUGUUCCCACCGUAGUCAGCAGGUGUGGGGAUCUACGGUGUUGUACGCUUGAAUAUGUUUGGAACGUUACGUUCUGCUCACACCAAAUGUCUCAACAUCUCAGACCAACAUUAACGAAGAUGGAGCUAUUUAUACAAAGGAAUAUUAUUUAUACUAUUUAUACUGAAGAAUUACUCUGUAUAUCUAGUUUUAUUACUUUUUGUAUCACUUGAAAUACUGCAUGUGCAUGCAUCUGUAUAUACAUUUAGAUUUGAAAAGAUAGGAGCUGAUCCUAAUUUGAUGAUGUGUGUUGUUAUUUUUGCUUUUAUUUAAUUCUUCUGGUACAACCAGUCUGUGGGCACAGCACAUGAAGAAUAUACUGUCCUUUCUUCUUUCUAUCUGUUAUGUGUCAAAGUCUUUCAUGUACUAAUUAAGAUGGCAAACGGUUAUACUUGAAUAAAUACUGU